CCCACAUGUGCCGCGCCCAUAGCCAGGGUCACCUUUAUCUCCGCCCGGGGCAGGGUCCCCCCCCCCAGGAGUCCCCAGCUCCUUCCUGUGGCUCUGUCCUGUGAAGUCUGGGGAUCCUGGGGCCCUGCCCAUCCCAUCCCCCCUCUGCCCCCCAACACAGGACCCACAGCUGGAAACAUAAAAGGACACCUGGCCCAGGACUUGGGCUGGAGUCCCUCCUGCGCGCCCACACCGUCCCCUCCAGAUCCCGGGAUUCCUGGGGACCGCGGGGGGGGCACCGCCCCCUCCAUCGCAGUGCCUGUGCCCUGAACUCAAGCCCCCACCAGCCGGCUCACUGGGUGGGAACGUCCGUUCUGGGGGGCACCGCUUGGCUCAGCCUGAGAGGGGCACUGGGUCGCAUUCUCCGCGGAACUUCCGCCUGCUUGGUGGGUGCAGCGCUGCUGCUGAGGUCUACGCUGGGGGCACCGGAGGUGGACGAGCGGGGCGGGGGCCGGUCUGGUCGGCGCGGCGGCUGGCGCGGAGUCACGAGCCCGGAGCUCCGGGACAGGUGGCUGGCGGUGCUGGGUGUUGGCUGCGAGCCUGGCCCCCGCCCCAGGCGCGGGAUCAGGCUUGGGACAGGAACUACGGGUGCCCCGGUCAGUUUAGUGUUGGUGCAGGCGCCGAAGGGACGGGUUCCCAGGACGCAGGGGCGCCAGGCCUCCCGCCUCGCACCCCCCCCCGGCUGCCCCCAUGCGAAGUCCAUCAUUCUCCUCGUGGCCGCCGCCACUGCUGCUGCUGCUGCUGCUGCAUCCGUGGCAAGUCUGCGCGCAGGCGCCCUCCCUGGCUACCUCCUCGGGGGUCUCGGGCGCCCCGGACUGCCCCGAGGCGUGCGCGUGCGCGCCAGGCGGCCAGGCCAACUGCUCGGCACUCGCGCUGUCCGCGGUGCCGGCGGGCCUGAGCCGGCGAGUGCGCGCCCUGCUGCUGGACCACAACCGCUUGGGUUCGCUGCCGCCCGGCGCCUUCGCGGACGCGGACGCGCUGCUGCGGCUGGACCUGCGCGAGAACGAGCUGCGCUGGGUGCACGCGCGCGCCUUCUGGGGCCUGGGCGCGCUACAGCGGCUCGACCUGAGCGCCAACCGGCUGGAGGCGCUAGCGCCAGGCACCUUCGGGCCGCUGCGCGCGCUGCGCACCCUCUCGCUAGCGGGCAACCGGCUGGCGCGCCUGGAGCCUGCAGCACUAGGCGCGCUCCCGCUGCUGCGCGCGCUCAGCCUGCAGGACAACGCGCUGUCCGCGCUCUCGCCUGGCCUGCUGGCCGGCCUGCCAGCCCUCGACGCGCUGCGCCUGCGCGGCAACCCUUGGACCUGCGACUGCGCGCUGCGCCCGCUUUGCACCUGGCUGCGUCGGCACCCGCGGCCCGCAUCAGAAGCCGAGACGCCGGUCUGCGUGUCUCCGGGGCGCCUGGCGCGCAGCCCCCUGGCCGCCUUCCCCGACGCCGCCUUCCGACACUGCGCGCGGCCGCUCUCCCCGCGCGACCUGGCGAUGAUCUACUUGCUCGGUCCCGCGUCCUUCCUCGCCAGCCUGGUCGCCUGCCUGGCGCUGGGCUCCGCCCUCACCGCCUGCCGCGCGCGUCGCCGCCGCCGCCAACGCACUGCUGCCCACCGCCCGCCAAGGAGAUCGUUGGACCUCGACCCCGGCGGCCCAGCCUCGCCAGCGAACGCUGGGAGCCCCGCCGAGGCCUGAGCGGGCGCCCCCCCCCAGCCCCACCCCCGCUCUCCCCCCACCGCCCCUGCCCAGCGCCAACAAGCGACACAGGCCGAGAUGUCGUGACAUUCCUUUAGGCAUCACC